AUGAGAAUGGUGGACGACAAAUAUAUCGGAUUAGCUUUGGCCAUGUCUUCUUCCUUGGCCAUAGGAACAUCUUUCAUCAUAACAAAAAAGGGCCUUAUGGACUCCAGUGCCCGAAACGGGUCCGAUAUGAACCAGGGCCAUGAAUACUUGCAAAAUCCCAUCUGGUGGGCCGGAAUGAUCACCAUGGCUAUCGGAGAAAUCGCCAACUUUGCCGCGUACACUUUUGCUCCUGCCAUUUUGGUGACUCCCUUGGGAGCCCUCUCUGUCAUUAUUGGAGCUGUGCUCGCUGCUGUGUUCCUCAAGGAAGAAUUGGGGACAUUGGGAAAAAUGGGAUGUGCAAUUUGCUUGAUGGGUUCGGUGAUCAUUGUGUUGCACGCACCGCCCGACAAAGACAUUCAAACUGUCGACGAAAUUUUGGGAUACGCUACUCGUCCAGGAUUUCUCUUCUACUGCUUUCUUGUGACUGUCUACUCCCUUUUCGUCAUCUACAAAAUCGUGCCUAAAUACGGUGAAACAAACCCCAUGAUUUACAUUUCCAUUUGCUCAUCGGUGGGCUCUAUCUCUGUGAUGUCCAUCAAGGCGUUUGGCAUUGCUCUCAAACUCACGUUGCUGGGUAAUAAUCAGUUCACACACGUUUCUACCUACCUUUUCAUCAUGGUGGUGGUGGUGUGUAUUCUCACACAAAUGAAUUACUUCAAUAAGGCUUUGGACCAGUUUGAUACCUCGAUUGUCAAUCCGUUGUACUACGUGACAUUCACCACAUUCACGCUUCUCGCGUCGUUCAUUCUCUUCCGUGGAUUCAAUACCGCGUCUGCCAUCAACAUUAUCUCGUUACUUAUCGGUUUCCUUAUCAUUUUCUCUGGAGUGUAUCUUCUCAACAUCUCACGCAAAGAUAACGAGGGAAGAACAAGAGAAAUCUUUGGUAUCCACUCGUCGAAGGACAUGGCUCCAUUAGACAAUGGAGUAGGCGGUUUUUCGUCGAUGAGAAGGUCGAUGCAACAGAGUCGUGAUUAUGACGAAGAGACGGUUGGAUUACGCCGGUUUGAUAGUUUUGAAAUUGGAAGCGACGAGGAUGUUAGUCACAGGAGAUAG